ACUAAUAAGAACUAUGCAGUCUGCGUGUCCAAAGAUUAUAUUUUAUGCUAAAGAUCGCAUCGUCACGAAACAAGAGUAAUGAAAAUGAAGUAGUGAUACAUGAAACGACUGGUGUUAGACAAAGACAAAUAAUCAGCUUAUAAUUAUUACUGUCAGAUCACAAAUGUUUAUAAUUAUUUUUUUAGGUUAUGUCUCGUGUUUACAAAUUAUAUGAAUAUUCGGAUAAAAGUUAUUUAAUCUUUUUAAUUUGUAUAAUAUUUUGUGAAUACAAUGGCUCGGCGCCCGGAACAUCAAGCUCCACCUGAAAUAUUCUAUAAUGAGGAAGAGGCAAGAAAAUAUACGCAAAACUCACGAAUAAUAGAAAUCCAAGGGCAGAUGACGGAGAGAUGUAUAGAGCUUCUUUUAUUGCCAGAAGAUUCGCCAUGCCUGCUUUUGGACAUAGGAUGUGGUUCAGGCCUGUCCGGAACUGUGUUAGAAGAAAAUGGACACAUGUGGAUUGGAAUGGACAUAUCAAGAGCUAUGUUAGAUGUCGCAGUAGAAAGAGAAACAGAAGGUGACCUGGUAUUAGCAGAUAUGGGAGAGGGUGUACCAUUCAGGGCUGGUUGUUUUGAUGGGGCUGUAUCAGUGUCUGCUAUCCAAUGGCUGUUCAAUGCUGAUAAGAAAUCUCACAAUCCAAUCAAGAGACUGAAUAAAUUCUUCACUACUCUAUUUGCUGCAUUGUCCAGGUCAGCCAGAGCAGUGUUUCAGUUCUACCCAGAGAAUGAGACUCAAUUGGAAUUGUUGACUGCACAAGCUAUGAAAGCUGGUUUCUAUGGUGGUGUCGUUAUAGACUACCCAAACUCUGCUAAAGCCAAGAAAUUCUUUUUGGUGUUGAUGACAGGAGGGUCUGCACCACUUCCACAGGCAUUAGGUACAGAAGAAACAGAUAAUGGACUGCAAGUGAAAUAUGCAAAACGAGAAGCCACAAGGGGUGCAAGAGGUAAACCACUGAAGAACUCAAGAACAUGGAUUAUGGAGAAAAAAGAAAGGAGAAGGAAACAAGGCAAAGAUACCAAACCCGACACAAAAUAUACUGGGAGGAAAAGAAGUGGCAGAUUUUAAACAAACACAUUUGUAUUAUAAUUUAUUUCUAAGGAACUAUAAAAAAUGUUUCAUACAUAAAUUGUACAGUUAUAUAUUUUUUUUUACUUGAUACAGCUAAGUAUUUAAACUCCCAAGGAUGUAAAAUGUAUCUGUGAUCAAUUGAACUAAAACCCACUUAUUUCAUUACAACCAAUGGCUAAUUGUGAGUUGCAGCAAAUGUUAUAUAAGGUGGUAAUUUAUCAAACAUCUGGUGUCUAAAUAUACCAUAUAUUACAUAUAAUAAUAAAUAUAUUUAUCUGGUAACUCUGGUGUCACUGUGAAUACAAGUUGUACUGUAGUUACACACAUUUUCCCACAGGCUUGCACAUUCACAACCAGCCGUCUUUUUGACUUGCUUAUAUUUAGGAAAAGAUAUUAAACAGUUAUGAUCUUA